AUGCCAACCACUCGCUCCCAACGUGCUACCGCAGCAGUGGCUGCUGGUGCUGCUGCCACCAUGUUGGUGCCUGCUUUCGUGGCACCGACAAAGCUGAAUGUCGUGACCAGCGCCCCAGCACCGGUGGCGUCAGCUGCACCGACCAGCGCUGUCGGUGCAAGUGCCAGCGUGGUUGGUGCGGGUGCAGCGGCACUGGCAGCUGCAGCGACUGUUCGCCCAUCCAAGCGAUGUGCGAAGAAGGAGAAGGUCGUUUGCAUGGCCACAGCAACUGAAGUUGAUGUCGACACUGAGUGCAUCAACGCCAUCCGCUUCUUGGCAGUGGAUGCAGUGAACAAGGCCAACAGUGGCCACCCUGGUGCUCCUAUGGGUCAGGCACCUAUCGGAUACCUUCUCUUUGCAGAGGAGAUGCAGUACAAUCCUGAGGAUCCAAAGUGGGUGAAUCGUGACCGUUUUGUUCUUUCUUCUGGUCACGGUUGCAUGCUCCAGUACUCUUUGCUGCAUUUGGCUGGCUACAAGAGCGUCUCGAUCGAUGACAUCAAGCAGUUCCGACAGUGGGGCUCCAAGACUCCCGGCCACCCAGAGAACUUCGAGACCGAGGGCAUUGAAGUGACCACCGGACCCCUUGGCAUGGGUAUCUCCAAUGCAGUUGGCUUGGCGGCCGCUGAAGCCCACCUUGCAGCAGUUUACAACAAACCUGGCAUGGAGCUGAUCGACCACUACACCUACACCAUUGCAGGUGAUGGAUGCAUGCAGGAGGGCAUUUCUCACGAAGCUUGCGCAUAUGCUGGCCACUUGGGCCUGGGAAAGCUGAUUGUUCCCUGGCAGCAACAAGCUGCACAAGCCUCCAAAACUGCAGAAAAGGCUUUCUACGAUGACAACGGCAUCACCAUCGAUGGACACACCGAUCUCUCCUUCACUGAGGAUGUCGGCAAGCGCUUUGAGGGCUAUGGAUGGCAGGUGCUGGAAGUGCCUGAGGGCAACACCGAUGUGGAUGCCAUCCGCAAGGCCAUCAAGGAGGCCAAGGCUUGCACUGACAAGCCAACUUUGAUCAAGGUGAAGACCACUAUCGGCUUCGGCUCUCCCAACAAGGCUGACAGCCAUGAUGCCCAUGGUGCACCCCUCGGUGCAGAUGAGGCUGAGGCCACUCGCAAGCAGCUGGGCUGGAACUACGGAGAGUUCGAGGUGCCAGAGCAGGUGUAUGACACCUUCAGCAAGCACGCAAAGGCAGGUGCUGAGAAGCAGGCAGCCUGGGAGAAGAUGUGGAAGGAGUACCAGGAGAAGGAGCCUGAGCUCGCCGCGCAGUUCCAGCGCGCUGUGGUUGAUCGCAAGCUGCCUGAGAACUGGGAUGAUGCCCUGCCUAAGGUUACCCCAGAGGACAAGGGCAAGGCAACCCGCCUCCACUCUCAGGACUGCCUCAACGCCAUUGCCAACGUGCUGCCUGAGUUCAUGGGUGGUUCCGCAGACUUGGCACCUUCCAAUAUGACCCUGAUGAAGUGCACUGGUGACUUCUUGAAAGACAGCUAUGCCGAGCGCAACAUGCGCUUUGGCAUCCGCGAGUUCGGCAUGGGAGCAGUGGCCAAUGCGCUCUCUCUUGACAAGACAGGCAUGAUCCCUUACUGCGCCACUUUCACUAUCUUCACCGACUACAUGCGUGGCGCCAUUCGAAUUGCCGCACUCUCCCAGGCAGGCACCAUCUUCGUCGGAGAGGAUGGCCCCACCCAUCAGCCCAUUGAGACCAUUCCAUCUCUGCGUCUCAUCCCAGAUCUCACCGUGAUGCGCCCGGCUGAUGGCAAUGAGACCGCGGAUGCCUACAAGCACUUUGGUCAAAAAGAUGUCAAACGGAUGUCACGAGACCAGACGGAACCACUAGCAGAGUCAGACCACCCUGAGUCAAUCCCCCCUCGGCGGAGUCACCCACUGUGGAGGGGCCUGGCGGUGAGGGGUGACUGCCCUGCGGUGUAUGCUGUGGAGAGAUCGAAGAAUGAGUCUCGACCCACCAUGAUGGCGUUCUCCCGACAAGCCGUGCCCAAUCUGCCCAACUCCUCCGUUGAGAACACCCUUAAGGGUUUGAAGCUCAGUGUGAUUGAGUGCGCCGAUCCGGAGCUGAUCUUGAUUGGCACCGGCUCGGAGGUUGGUCUCUGUGUGGAUGCUGCCGAGAAGCUGGACAAGAAGGAACAGCCUGAGAGCUACAAGAGCAAGCUGUUGCCUGCAGAUGUGCCCAAGAUGAGCGUGGAGGCUGCAUGCACUGCUGGCUGGGGUGAGUUUGUGAGGGCCUUGGUACAGAGAGCAAACAGCCUGGACAAAUUUGGCUUCAACGUCGACAACGUUGUCAGCUGUACCGAGAGGUGCCUCUCCGGUGAGAAGGGCGCGCUGCAGGGUGGCCUAACUGUUCCACAGCUCAUUCCCAUUGGACGUUAUGUGGCAGCCGUGGUGAGAGCAGUGGCUGCUGGUGCUGCUGCCACCAUGUUGGUGCCUGCUUUCGUGGCACCGACAAAGCUGAAUGUCGUGACCAGCGCCCCAGCACCGGUGGCGUCAGCUGCACCGACCAGCGCUGUCGGUGCAAGUGCCAGCGUGGUUGGUGCGGGUGCAGCGGCACUGGCAGCUGCAGCGACUGUUCGCCCAUCCAAGCGAUGUGCGAAGAAGGAGAAGGUCGUUCGUAUGGCCACAGCAACUGAAGUUGAUGUCGACACUGAGUGCAUCAACGCCAUCCGCUUCUUGGCAGUGGAUGCAGUGAACAAGGCCAACAGUGGCCACCCUGGUGCUCCUAUGGGUCAGGCACCUAUCGGAUACCUUCUCUUUGCAGAGGAGAUGCAGUACAAUCCUGAGGAUCCAAAGUGGGUGAAUCGUGACCGUUUUGUUCUUUCUUCUGGUCACGGUUGCAUGCUCCAGUACUCUUUGCUGCAUUUGGCUGGCUACAAGAGC